AUGACUCUCUGUUUGACAGGUACGCCAAUUGAUGUGACCGUUUAUGACAUUCAGCGUAUAUCGAUUAUCGCCGAACAUAGUCAACCUGUCGUUGUUCGAACUACUGUUGCUUAUAAAGUAAAUACCAGUCAAGCUGGCCAAGGUCAAUUAAAAGUUGAAUUAGUUCAACCACAAACUUCGAAAGUUCCUUGUCGAUGUCAUAUACAAGAAAUAACUUCUCAUGAAUAUCUUGUUCAAUAUAUACCUCUUGAACCUGGUCGAUAUCAACUUCGUAUAUUAUUUAAUAAUCAACUUGUACAAGGAAAAACUCUUGAUAUAGAUGUUUAUCCUUCAUUACCACAAUUAACAAAAACAACAAGUGGAUCAUCUUCUAUUGUUCGUAUUCAACAAAUAAUACCAAGUAGUAUUCCAGAUAUUGGCGAUGAUAUCUGUUUACAAAUCAAUACAGAAAAUCCUUCAAUAUCAUCAAUACAAGGUCAAGUAUCAUGUAAUGGAAUGUCUGUACCACAUAAAAUUGAACGAACAAAAGAUUCACAUGUUUGGCAUAUGAAAUUUCGACCUUAUGUACCUGGAACUUAUAAAGUACAAUUAACACAUAAUGGAUCAUCUCUUCUAAGUUCACCGUAUCUAAUUCAAGUCAAAGAUACGAAUGGUAAAGUUGUUCUCUCUGGUCUCGAACAAACAUUACUAACAAAUUCUCCAUGUGUAAUAGAAGUUCAUGCUGAAUCAACAUCAAAUACACAAAUACAAGCUGUUGUACUUCUUGGUACGCGACAAAUUCCAUCAACAACAACUAUAAUUAAUGAAAAUCUUGCUCGAAUUCAUUUUGUUCCACAAGAACCGGGCGUCUAUUCAGUUCAUGUUUCAUCAUCGAAUCAACCAAUUGAAGGAUCCCCAUUUUCAAUUCGUGUUGAACGACCACGAGUUGUUCAAAUAUCUGGUGAAUGUUUUCCUCGUUUACGCUUAAAUGAUCUUGGAUUAUUUCGUAUACAUUGUCAUGGACAACGAGGAGCAAUUCAAGCAAAAAUAUUUACAACUGUUCAAAUGAUUUAA